AUGGGACGACUUGUGGGCCUCGAGCUCCAUAAUUUUAAGUCAUACAAAGGAACAGCAAAAAUUGGAUUUGGUGAUGCCUCCUUUACCUCUAUAAUCGGUCCUAAUGGUGCUGGGAAGUCUAAUAUGAUGGACGCGAUAUCCUUCGUUUUAGGCGUCCAGUCAUCACAUUUGAGAUCGCAGAAUUUGAAAGACUUGGUGUAUCGAGGUCGGGCUGAAAUGAGCGCUGACCUGGUUGCUCUAGAAGAUCCUAAAUCGGCUUCAGUUUGUGCCAUCUAUGAAAAGGAUGAUGGCGAGCUUUUGCAUUUGAAAAGAACCAUCACUCCAGCUGGCGGAUCCGACUACAAAAUUAACGACAUGAACGUGACUGCUUUGCAAUAUUCCAUGGCUUUAAAAGCAGAAAACAUCUUGAUUAAAGCCAGGAAUUUCUUGGUUUUUCAAGGUGACAUUGAAAAUGUUGCAUCUCAAUCUCCCAAGGAUAUCGCUAAAUUAAUUGAAACCAUUAGUGGAUCGGCUGAGCAUAUUAAUGACUACGAAAAACUCAAAGAAGAGCAUGAAGCAGCUCACGAAAUGGCCACUGAGGUUUUUUCACGCAAGAGAAACUUAAAUUCGGAAUCUAAACAGUACAAGGAACAAAUGAAAGAGCGAGAAAUUUUUGAAUUGAAGUUGACAGAGAAGAGUAACUUGAUCAAGACUUUGCAUUUGUUUCGAAUUUUUCACAAUGAGAAACGCCACUUUCAGAUAUUGGGAGAUGUUCGCAGGGUGAAAGCUCUGAUUGAAGAGAAAAAAUCAAAGUUAGCUGAUCAAGAAGCGCAGUACAAAGAAUUGAUGGCUGACUACGCGGCCGAAAAUCUAAGGUCCAAAAAGUCAGAGUUGAAGGUUGCGGAGCUACGGACUUCGAUCGAGACUUCAAAAAGAGACUUGAUUCCCAUCAAAGCUAAUACCACAUCGCUUGCAACUAAAAUCCAAUUGACUAAAAAAAAAAUUGAUGACUUGAACCGUGAUCUUGAUAGUCAAAUACAACAAGAAUUGAAAUUAAGACAAAAACUUUCAGAAGCGGAAAAACUUUCAGAAGAUUUUGAAACAAGAAUACGUGAAAUGCAUAAUAAAAUUCAGCUUUCUUCUGAAGAUGUGAAAGAGUACGAAAGUUUGAGAAACAAGUUUCUUGCUCACGGGGGCUAUCAACUCGAAGAAGGUCUAUCUCAGUUGACCAACGAAAAAGAUUCCCUAGAAGCAUCCGUCAAAAGCUAUAAAAAGCAGAAUGAUAAUGCUCUUUCUAGGAUAUCAGAACUACAAUCUGAAAUUCAGUUUAAUUUCGAAGCAACACUCUCUGACUUACAAGCCGAAUUGAAGAAUCAAAUGGCCUGUAAAGCAAAUAAAGUACGGGCUAAAGAAACCCUUCUUGCUAAAAAAGAGAAGGCUAACUUGACUGAACUUGAAUUGAAUUCUGCAUUGAAGGAUACAUUGCUCAAGCUUGAAGAACUCUCUUCGGAGCAGAAAGAAUCAAAGAAACAGAAGCGGCUCAGGGAAAAUGUUUCUAUGUUGAGGAAUAUGGUGAAAGAAGGAGCCAUCAAGGGACUUAUGCACGAGCUUGUUAACUGCUCGCAGAAAAAGUAUGAAAUGGCAUUGCAAACAGUUCUCGGAAAGAAUAUUGAUGCCAUAGUUGUCGAAAGUACUGCAGUCGCUUACAAAUGUAUUGAAUUGUUGAAAGAACGUCGGGCAGGUACCGCAACAUUUAUUCCCUUGGAUUCUAUCGUCAAUGAUCAAAUUAACUUGAAUUAUUUAAGGUCGCUUCAUGAAGAUGCACGCCCUGCUAUUGAUGUGAUCAGGUUUGAGGAUCUGACUAUUGAAAGAGCGGUUCAAUUUGUUGUUGGCGAUGCGAUGAUUGUGGACUCAAUUGACGUUGCUAGAGAGUUGAAAUGGAACUCCAAUACAGCACUUAGUAACAAAAUGGUAUCCCUAGAUGGCUCUAUUGUUCAUAAAUCAGGGUUAAUGACAGGUGGUUCACAAGGACAGAAAAGUGGUUUGCGCUGGAGUAAAGAACAAUGGAACCAAUUGAGUGCAAAAAAAGAUGAGAUUACCGAGCAGUUGGCAAAAGUAGCCUCCGAGAGACCAAGUGCAAUCGACAUCAACAACUUGACUGAUGAAAUUAGCCAAAUUGAUGAUACACUUCCUCUCAUUCGCAGCAAAAUUUCAAGCACUGAAAGGCAAAUCAACGAACGGAAGGUUGAAAUUGAUUUCCACUCAGAAGUUGCCAGUGGACUACAAGAAAAGAUCGACGAGAAAUUAAAAGAUUUAUCUGACAUUCAAGGUAAGGUUUUCAGUAUGGAGAGUAAAAUCAAAGAACUUCAGAACAAAGUUUACAAAUCUUUCUGUGAACAUCAUAAUCUUGAGUCGAUUAGUGAUUAUGAGUCAAUCCACGGUGCAGCAUUGAGGGUUCAUGCAAGAGAAAGGGCCGAACUCCAAAAAGCGAUCUCUUCUAUUAGGAACCAAUUGGAUUUCCAAUCUGAAAGAAUAAAGGAAACAAAUAAUAGAAUUGAAAAAUUACAAACCAAUCUUGAAAGCUUUGAAAGCAAAUAUGCAAAACUUGACCAAGAAUUAGCGUCUGUUACCGCAGAGCUAGACCAAAAGGAAGCAGAGUUACAAGCGCAUACGGAAGCCAUUAGAGCCCAAGCCGACGCACUUUCGCUUAAAAUGAAAGAAGGAAAAUCUAUGGAGAUUACCAUGAAGGAUCUUGAGUCAGAUCUUAAAGCUUUAAACAAGGAAUUGAUGAAUUGCGAGGAACUUGUUUUGAAGAUCGACUCGGAAAGAUUAAAUAUGUUCAAGAAUUGCAAAAUUGAAAACGUUGAUUUACCAUUAGAAGAUGGAUUUUUGGAGUCGGUUUCGCUAGGAAGUGAUAUCGAUGAUGUUUCAUCAAUUGCAUACCAAAUACGAGUUGAUUACAGCAUGCUAGAUUUCAAGUAUCAAGAUCACUAUUCGGCUAAAGUCGAUGCGGAGAUUAGAGUUCAAAUCGAAAAUAUCGAGAAGGAGCUUCAACUCCUUACGCCGAAUGCCAAAGCUUUAGAAAGGUUGAAAGAAGUUGAUCACAAAUUGAAGGAGUUCGACAGAGAAUUUACCAAGGCAAGGCAAACGGAGAAGAAAACAAUGGAAAAAUUCAAUAAAGUGAAAAGCCAAAGAAGUGAACUUUUUAUGAAAGCUUUCACUCACAUCUCAGAAAGAAUUGAUAGUAUAUACAAAGAGCUCACCAAGUCAAACGAAUCACCUCUAGGCGGUUCUGCUUAUUUGACAUUAGAAGAUGAAGAUGAGCCAUACCUAGCUGGUAUCAAAUAUCAUGCGAUGCCACCAAUGAAAAGAUUUAGGGAUAUGGAUCUACUUUCUGGUGGAGAAAAAACUAUGGCAGCUUUAGCUUUGCUUUUUGCAAUUCAUUCCUACCAGCCGGCACCAUUUUUUGUCUUAGACGAAAUUGAUGCAGCUUUAGACAACUCGAAUGUUCUUAAGAUUUCUAAUUACAUCAAAAAACAUGCCGGUCCCAACUUUUCAGUUCAUUGUCAUUUCUUUAAAGAGUACACUCUUUGA